AUGAAUAAGACAUCGACGCCUCCCGAAAUCGCAUUACGACCACAGCUGGAUCUAUUUCCAGGGUUCAUUUCAGACCAAACUCUUGCCUUACUGGCCCCAAUAAUAGCAUACUGGACAUUUUCAACAUUUUUUUAUUUGUUGGAUGAGAUGGACUUGUUUGCCAAGUACAGGAUUCACCCACCUGCUGAAGUAGCUAGUAGAAACAAAUGUUCUAAACUAGAAGUGUUUAGAGCUGUAGUCCUCCAACAUAUUUUACAAACAGCAACAGGGUUACUUCUUAAUAAGUUCGAACCUGCACAGAUGACUGGCCAUGAGAGUUACGAAUUAUGGAAAAUCUCAAUGAGGCUUAACGUUUCUCCAGCAGUUGCUCAGGCUAUUUAUUAUUUAAUCAUGCCUGCCUUCAGACUGUUCAUGGGUUUCUUCAUUCUGGAUACUUGGCAGUAUAUGCUUCAUAGAGCUAUGCACAUGAAUAAGUUUUUGUACAAACAUUUCCAUUCUGUCCAUCAUAGGUUAUACGUUCCAUAUGCAUUUGGUGCCUUGUACAACAGUCUUGUGGAGGGUUUCUUAUUGGACACUGUGGGAGCUGGUCUCGGAUAUUUGCUUACAGGAAUGAGUACAAGAGAGUCAAUUGUAUUCUAUACCUUUUCCACUCUAAAGACUGUCGAUGACCAUUGUGGAUACGAUUUGCCCUGGGAUCCAUUACAGAUCUUGUUUCCUAACAAGUCUGUGUAUCACGACAUUCAUCAUCAAAGCUUCGGAAUCAAGACCAACUUUUCUCAGCCGUUCUUUAUCCACUGGGAUGAAAUUUUUAACACAAAAUACAAGGAUACUAAUAAUUAUAUUCAAGAACAGAAGAGACAGCGUAAGCAAAGAUAUGAAGAAUACUUGAAGAAGGAACAUAAGAAGACGAAAUAA